GACUUCUAUGUCAUAUCUCCACUUUCACUGCACGUUUCCUCCCUGGCUGCUUGCCUCCCCUCUCCUUCUAUAUAUUCUUCCCAAUCUGUCCUCCAUUUCCUCCACACCGCCUGCCCUCUCCUUCUAUAUAUUCUUCCCAAUCUGUCCUCCAUUUCAUCCACACCGCCUGCCCAUUUCCUUCUUACCUCUGUUUAACUGCCUGCUGAGGUUGCCUUAAUUAAUUUCUACCUUUCUUGAUUGUUGUGUGCGGGGGGAUUAUGAGGGAGAUGGGGUGGUGGCGGCAGGUGGUGGUAGUUGUGGUUGUGGUUUUGAAAUGGGGAAUGGGAGUGGAAGCAGCUUCGCAAGUGCCAUGCUACUUCAUAUUUGGGGACUCUCUGGUGGACAAUGGGAACAACAAUGCCAUUUCAUCUUUGGCCAGAGCCAAUUACCUCCCUUACGGCAUUGAUUUCCCUGCUGGUCCCACCGGCCGGUUUUCCAAUGGUAAAACCACCGUUGAUGUCCUUGCGGAGCUUUUGGGAUUUGACAGCUACAUUCCGCCCUAUGCAACAGCAAGAGGUCAAGACAUACUUGGGGGAGUGAAUUACGCAUCGGCAGCUGCUGGUAUUAGAGAUGAAACUGGACGUCAACUGGGAGGUCGAGUGAGCAUGAGUGGGCAGGUAAGAAAUUACAGAAACACAGUGUCCCAAGUGGUGAACUUGCUGGGCGGUGAGGCAGCGGCCGCCAAUUAUCUGAGGCAGUGCGUAUACACCGUCGGAAUGGGCAGCAACGACUACCUCAACAACUACUUCAUGCCCCUCUUUUACUCCUCUAGUAGUCGGUAUACGCCCGAGCAGUUUGCCGAUCUCCUCAUUCAACAAUACUCCCAGCAAUUACGGAGUUUGUACAACUAUGGAGCGAGGAAGGUUGCGUUGAUCGGGGUGGGGCAAAUAGGCUGCAGCCCGUACGAGUUGGCUCGAAACAGCCCGGACGGCAGGACCUGCGCCCAGAGAAUUAACAAUGCAAACAAACUUUUCAAUGACAGGCUUAAGUCUUUAGUUGACACAUUGAACAGGGACCUAACUGGUUCAAGUUUCACCUACAUCGACGCCUAUGGGAUUUUCCAGGAUAUACUAAGCAAUCCCUCCUCAUACGGUUUCAGAGUGACAAACGCGGGAUGCUGCGGUGUUGGGAGGAACAAUGGUCAAAUUACAUGUCUGCCUCUGCAAACUCCAUGCCGGAAUCGGAAGGAGUACCUGUUCUGGGAUGCCUUUCAUCCCACAGAAGCUGCAAAUGUGAUCGUGGGCAAGAGAUCUUACAGUGCGCAGAAAGCCUCCGAUGCUUACCCAAUUGACAUCCAACGUCUGGCUCAGCUUCAACUCUGAACUUUGGAGAUGAUAGCUGACGUAAAACUAUAUGUGUCCCUCGUCAUUAAAUUACUACCGUUGUUAUUGUCCCAAUGGACUGAAUUUUGUUAUAUGGCCCUUAAAUGACCACUCACCCCACUUUUGUCUCCCUUAGAUCCAUCUAUAAUGUAAUGGCUUGCAAAGUGCGUAUACAUGGCACGGUAUAUCAUAAAAUAUUUCAUCAUCA